AUGUAAUAAUAACUUUCUAGAUCUUAAAAAUAAGAUAUUUUAAAUAGAAUAAAAUAAACUGAAGAUAUUGAUGAAAUUAUAAAAUAUACUUAUUAUGAAGAUAACGAUAUUAGAUUGAAAGCAGUUUCUGAAAUGUGCCCUUGUAGGGUUAAGGAUGAUAAUGAUGAAUUUUGGGUUAGAAUAUUUUAAAUGGCAAAUGAUCCUGACCCAAAAAUAAGAUAUAAAGUAUUACAUAUAAUGUGUGACGGAUCACCUGAAAGAUUAGAAAACGAAAUAAUUUAAUAAUUAAAUCAAUUUAAUAGAGAUUUAGAUAAAGAUAUUAAAAGACUAGCACAUAAAGUUUUAGGAUCAUAUUAAAAAACGGGAAAAUGGAAUAUUCUUUGA